AUGGCUGUUGGAGGGACUCGGAAUGCAGUCGGGUGGAGUGUAGGGUCCAGCCAGGGAGCGGUGGGCAUGAGCGGCCGCCGGACAUUUGGCCAGUUGAGCGGACUUGGACUUGUCCUGUGGGCACGCCGGAGCCAUGGAAAGAAAGGAUUGGAGCUGGGAAGAGUCAUGUCGGACUCCCUGGUGGUGUGCGAGGUGGACCCAGAGCUGAAGGAAAAGCUGAGGAAAUUCCGCUUUCGAAAAGAGACGGAUAAUGCAGCCAUCAUAAUGAAGGUGGACAAAGACCGGCAGAUGGUGGUGCUGGAGGACGAAUUUCAGAACAUUUCUCCAGAUGAACUAAAAAUGGAGUUGCCAGAAAGACAGCCAAGGUUCGUGGUUUACAGCUACAAGUAUGUGCACGAAGAUGGCCGAGUGUCCUACCCGCUGUGUUUCAUCUUCUCCAGCCCUGUGGGCUGCAAGCCCGAACAACAGAUGAUGUAUGCAGGGAGUAAAAACAGAUUGGUGCAGACUGCAGAGCUCACAAAGGUGUUUGAAAUCCGCACCACUGAUGACCUCACUGAAGCCUGGCUCCAAGAGAAGUUGUCUUUCUUUCGUUGA